CCACGUUAGAGAUAGAUUCUUAGCAGCCAGCGCUCCGUACUAGAGUAGUACGCUCUAUCCUCUGGGCCAUAGAAUCUAGAAAUCUCUUUUCAGUCUAAGACCCGGUCCGUCUCUUCUUCGCGCUAGUAUAACACCGGCCGAUCCGCCUGUUCGCGCUAUAAUUAGAACCGUUGAUUCUCCAUGUCGAUCACGUCGUACAACGGCGGGGCGGUCGUCGCAAUGAAGGGCGACAAGUGCGUGGCGAUCGCGUGCGACCGUCGCUUCGGCGUGCAGCUGCAGACGCUGGCGACGGACUUCAACCGCGUGUUUCAGAUGCACGACCGGCUCUUCAUCGGGAUCGCCGGGCUCGGCACCGACGUGCAGACGCUCAAGCACCGCCUGCAGUUUCGCCACAAGCUCUUCUCCCUGCGAGAGGACAGAGUCAUGCCGCCCAGCACAUUCGCCCGCCUUGUCAGCUCCAUCCUCUACGAGCGCAGGUUCGGGCCGUACUUCAUCGAGCCUGUGAUUGCAGGCUUGGAGGAGGAUGGCACUCCCUUCAUCUGCGCCACUGACCUCAUCGGCGCCUACGAGGAAUGCCCAGAGUUUGGAGUAGCGGGAACGGCGGACGAGUCCUUGUUUGGCGCGUGCGAGUCGUACUGGCAGCCGGGGCUGCAGCCAGAGGAGCUGUUUGAAACCAUCUCCCAGGCGCUGCUGGCAGCUGUGGACAGAGACGCGCUCAGUGGAUGGGGGGCCACUGUUCACGUCAUCACACUUGAUAAAAUUAUCACACGCACACUCAAAGGCCGAAUGGACUAAGGGUUGGACAUGCACAGCAUGGUAGUAUCAUGGCUACUAAUUUUGGAACAAUUGGAAUGGGCUUGGCUAUUGCCCUAUGGAUAUUGCUUGCACAUUGUAGCAUAUUGGUCAUCCACAUGUGCUGUUAUUUUUGUGUUUUCUUUUUUGUUGGUAGCCCUUUAUGCGUCAUCCACCUUUGAACUCCUCAUAGAUAUACAUCAAUUGUCACCCAUGAAAUUGCUAUGGCGACCCUA